AUGGUUCGAGAGGGCAAGAGAUCAGUCGGUCGGCGACUCAUCAUCACCAUCACUCCUUCACAGCUGAGCCUAUGCGAGCCGGUCGGCCGACUCUACCGAGGCUAUCGGUCCUUGUCCUCAUUCUGCGACCCACUUUUUCGCUUCAAGCCCCUCUCAUCAACUGCUCUUCUGCCCAUUUUAUUCCUCCAUUUUCACGUCGCCUAUUGA